AUGAAGGCAUUCUCUUUGAUCGCGACGGCGGCCACCCUGGCGGUUACUAACGCCGACGAGUACUUCACCGGUGACGCUACAGCCUACACGUUGGGCCAGACCAGUGCCGGUAAUUGCAACAUGAUGUCGGCACUCAACUUCGCCACAACGGACUACGCCGCUCUAAACAACGAGCAAUGGGACGGCCUUCAGAACUGUGGUCGCUGCGCCGAGGUGUCGUGCGCUGACGACCGAUGCGCUGACCAGUCCACGUCCGUCGUGGUGCAGAUUCUCGACCGCUGCCCAGAAUGCAAGUACGGCGACCUGGACCUGUCACCAUCGGUUUUCAAGACGCUUACCGGGUCCCACCCGUCCCGGUACACCAUCAAGUGGAAGUUCGUGAAGUGCCCCGUGUCGGGUAACGUUAACUACUGCCUAAAGGGCGGUAGCAACAACUACUGGAUGGGUGUGCAACCUACCAACUGCGCCACGGGCGUCAAGAGCCUGCAGAUCAACGGCCAGGACACGACCAUGCUCGGAUCGGCGUACUACUACCUACUGGACGGCGCUAGUCAGGUUCAGACGGACCUAACCAGCUUGACUAUCUCCAUGACGGACGUGAACGGUAACUCGAUCGAAGACACAGUGUCGCUUACUGCCGACUCAUGCACGGAAGGCGUUAACCAGUUCCCUUCGGGCGGCUCCACUUCGCAGUCCUCGCCGAAGCAGAGCACGCCGACCACCAGUGCCCCCAAGUCGACGACGGCGGCACCCACGACGUCACCGCCUACACAGGCUCCAACACAAGCUCCGACACAAGCCCCCACGCCGACACCAACGCCGACACAGACCCCAGCUCCUACGACGCAGACGCCUCCCCCCACCACGGUGCGUCCUGCUACUUCUGCCCCUGUUACUACUGCCCCACCAGUUGAGCAAGACAUCUUACCCACUUCUGUUCCUGUGUCUACCACUGCUCCUCCGACCACUGCUCCACCGACCACUGCCCCUCCGACCACUGCCCCUCCGACAAAUAUGCCUGUUGCUACCGUUGCGCCUUCAACUACUGCCCCACCAACUCUCGCGCCUGCGACGACUUCACCUGAAUCAACGCCCACUCAGGACUCGGAAACGGCGAGUGAAAGUGACGACAGCCUACAGCUCUUCAACGUGACCGGCACGGUCAAACCAGUAGCCACAACGGCACCGAAGAAGAGCGGCAAGACCAACGGCAAGAUCCCCGAUACCAGCAGUGCUACCUCCGACGAUGAAUACACAUACGAUCAAGAGCAGACCCAGCAGAACGCCGUCGUGCCGGCCGCUUCGACGGCUCCGUCGACAGAAGAGACCGCCGAUAGACAAGAUGGCGAUGACGAUGGCACUCAGACGAUCACUACGAAGUCGGAGGAGUCUUCGGCCGGCACGGACUGGUUGAUCAUCGUACUAUCCACGUUUGGUGCUGUGGGCGUCGUGGCGCUCAUUGUGGUGGUGGUGAUGGCCAAGAGGAAGAACAUCCAGGAAGAGAAGGUCCGGGAUAUGGAGGCACAUUCCAUGGUGAGCGUGCAGUCUUUCGACGUGCAGACUACGCCUUCUGACAGGAGACACGCGUUGGCCGGCAUCUUGUAG